GUGAUUCGGUUCUCAGUCAUUCUGUCGCCAUACACAGUACAGUGGAAAUUUGUAUGCAAUUAUCUCAACACACUUCCAAAUUGAUCGAUUAAUUAAUGACCAAUAAUUAACUGAAGGCAUUAAUUGUUGAUUGGCUGGACAGCGAACACAUCAAAAGGUAGAAAUAUUUGAGGGAUGUCCUCCCCAAUAUCCAGUCUAAAUAGUUUAUUCUCCUUCACAAGUCCUGCUGUCAAAAGAUUAUUAGGAUGGAAACAAGGAGAUGAGGAAGAAAAAUGGGCAGAAAAAGCUGUCGAUUCUCUUGUAAAAAAACUGAAGAAAAAGAAAGGUGCUCUUGAGGAUCUAGAAAAAGCUUUAAGUUGUCCUGGACAAUCAAGUAAAUGUGUGACCAUUCCACGUUCUUUAGAUGGUAGACUCCAAGUAUCUCACAGAAAAGGACUGCCACAUGUUAUAUACUGCCGUGUAUGGCGAUGGCCUGAUCUACAGAGCCACCACGAACUCAAGCCGUUAGAAUGUUGUGAUUUUCCAUUUAGUGCUAAACAGAAGGAAGUGUGUAUUAAUCCUUACCAUUAUAAACGUGUAGAAAGUCCAGUGCUACCCCCAGUGUUAGUCCCAAGGUAUAGUGAGUACCCAUCCGGUCCAGGCCAGUCAUCCUUACCACCUUUCCAACAGUCACCUGAACCUUCUAUGCCACAGAAUGUCAGCUUUGAUCCAAAUGGCUUCCACCAACAGUCACAACAGGGACCACAUUCACCUGCUAGCUCUGGACCAGGCAGUCCUUAUGGUUUACCAGCUGGCACUCCUCCACCUGCUUAUCAACCACAUGAUGACAACUCGCAUAAUCAACAUAGUCAACAAACUGUGAACUUACAACAUGGUACACGACGACCACCACCUACUCCAAUGGAUACCAUGCCAUCAGGAGUGGACUUACAGCCAGUUACCUACCAGGAACCCCAGUACUGGUGCUCUAUAGUAUACUAUGAACUGAACAACAGAGUAGGGGAGGCAUUCCAUGCUUCACAGACCAGUAUUGUUGUGGACGGAUUUACUGACCCAUCAAAUAAUGCAGAUAGAUUCUGUCUAGGUCUCUUGUCUAAUGUCAACAGAAAUUCAACAAUAGAAAAUACAAGACGUCAUAUAAGUAAAGGUGUACACCUUUACUAUGUUGGAGGUGAAGUUUUUGCCGAAUGUUUAAGUGACAGCAGCAUUUUUGUACAGAGCCGUAACUGUAACUAUCACCACGGUUUUCAUCCUACAACCGUUUGUAAAAUUCCUCCUGGAUGUAGUCUAAAGAUCUUCAACAACCAAGAAUUUGCAGCACUUCUAAGUCAGUCAGUAAACCAUGGUUUUGAAGCUGUAUAUGAACUUACUAAGAUGUGUACUAUUCGUAUGAGCUUCGUUAAAGGAUGGGGUGCUGAGUACCACAGACAGGACGUUACAAGUACUCCAUGUUGGAUUGAAAUUCAUUUGAAUGGACCUUUACAGUGGUUAGAUAAAGUCCUAACACAAAUGGGCUCGCCACAUAAUCCAAUAUCGUCUGUAUCAUAAUAAAAGUCAUGUGACUAGCAAUCUCAUUUUAGUGCAAAGGUCAUAAUAGGGUAGUAGAAACUGAUUUAUAUUUUAAUUGAUAUGUAAAGAAAUUGGUUGAAGAAUUUUGGAAAAAACUUAAUAUGAUUCCAGACCAUUUUUAUAUGUGAAGGAUGUUUGCUGAAACCUAAAUUUUAGACUGAACAUAAACCAUACAGUUUGUCAAAUAAUUCAUGCAAUAAUCAGAAUAUUUACAUAUUUUUACAGUAAAUUCCAUUCAUGUUGUUAAUGACUUUAGAAAACAUCGUAGAGAAACCCAAAGAACUUACAGCAUUGUUAUACUAACACGAUUGUUAUCGCCAAACCACAAUUACAUGAAAUGUAAGAAAUAAUAUGUAUGCUACUUUGAUAAUUGUAGAUCAGACAAAAUUAAGUAAGAUAUUGUUAAAAAAUGUUGAUCAGAAAUAUUAGUCAUACAAAUACUAAAGAUGAUCAGCAUUCUCAAGUUAAUGUACAUUUGUAUGUUGGGUAUGAAUAUUUAUGUGGAGUAGUUCUAAAGCAAACUUCACACCAAAUAUGAACACACUAUAGUGAGAAGUUUGGAUCAGUUUUUGAAUUGGUUCCAUAUGAUCUUUUUUUGGUCCAUUUUCAUGUUUAUAUGUAUGAUCAAAAACAUUUGCAGCAAUCAUGUGUUAUAUAUGCAUUUAUUCAUAUGUCACAGAGUCAAUCUCGUUUUUUGAACAAACCAUUUUGCAAUAUUUUUAUGCUUUUUAUACGUCAUUUAUGUGUACUUUUGUUUUUGUUCUUUUUUCUUUUUAAUUUAAAUAUGAUUGAGAAAGGGUUUUUCUUCAUGUACAUAAAAUGCUUGUCUGUAUGAUUUUGAAAGUUUUACAUUAACUGAUUAUAGUACAAAGUACAAUGGGGAAAAUUUGAGCUUUUUGUUAGAGAUAAACAGCAUUUCUUUAUCAUACACUUUUAUUUUGUUUAUUAAGCUGCUGAGCAGUGAAAACAUUAAUCAUCAAUAAAAUUUCCAAUUUGAACUUGUGUUUUAUCAUAAACAUGUUAACCAAUAGAUGAGGGUCUAAAUGGAGUUUACAGAAUAGAAAAUAUACAUUUGUAUAAUGGGUAGGCGGGAAAAAAUAGAGAUAAAUGCUUUCAACAAAUUCAAAAUGUAGAAAUUAAUAUGGAAAAUAGGUUUUUUUAUGAUUCAGGACUAAUCCUUUCAAACGAUUAAGGUAUUUUUAAAAAAAAAAGCACUUUGAAUUACAAGGGAUGUUGCAAAAGCACUUGGAAUUAAGUUUGAUUAGAUUCAUAGCCAAUAGGAGAAAGUAUUUAAAAUUUAUACAGCACCAUUUGAUCUGACACUGAGUAAAGUGGAGAUAAUUAAUAUGUUAAUGAUUUGCUAUGAUCUAUAUUUGUGAAAUCCCAGACAACUAUUGUGAUCAAAUUAAAUUAGAUAUUUGCAGUGGCUAAAUCUAAGUGAAACUUUUUUUUGCAAAUGCAAGAAAAAGUGCAGUUAAAGUACUUUACAUGUGUGCUUUGCAGGUUUAAAUUGAACAGCUUUUUCCUUUCAAUUUAUUUCAAAACCUAAAACCUAAAGAUGAUGUGUUUUUUUUUUUAUAGUUUUUGCUUUGUUUAAACAAAAUGUCUUCCUUUUCUACAAGUUUUAUUUUAUAGUACAGAAGGUGCUGUUAACAGCAUUAAACGAAGCAUGUGCCAUAAAUGAAGUCAAAUUGAAAUUAUAUAUUAUAAUAUUAGGUUUUUUUUUCUCUGAUAGGAAUCUAUGAAGUAUAAAAAUGUCAUGAGAUACCAGGGCAAUACUAUUAGUUAUUGAACAAGUAACACCUUCAAAUAAGUAAUGAGAUUUAAUGGUCAAGAAUGAAAUGUUUAGUGUAGAAAUAAACUUUUGAUGCUAUUUGUGAAUAUUUUGUAAUAAAUUAGUGAAUCGUCAGAAAAAAUAAACUUUCAAUCCUAUUUUUUCAAAUAUUAUGUAAUAGAUUUCUGAAUGUGCAUCUGUCGGUUCAUUUUGUGGUAUAAUUUACAAUGCUGGUCAUUAGUUUGUUUAUGUUAUAACAGGGAUAGAAGUUCGCCCAAGACAAUUUUUGCUGAUUUUAUAGAGGGCAAGCUUAAACACAUGUUAAACUUGCCUACUAGGCCAAUUUAUUUACUUUGUUUACACUUUGAACAGGGCAAGUCAAUUCUAUGCUUGUUCAUUUUUGUCCCUGCCUUAAAUCUGUUUAUAACAUUAUAUCAACAAAAUGCACAGAAUUGUGGGAAGACAAUAACUCAAUAAUAUAAAAUGCUGCCAUGAUAGAAUAUGGGAUUUGUAAAUCUGUAGACAACAUAAUAAGAGUAACCAUGGUAACUGUAAUAGGGGGGAAAAGG